AUGUCCAAUUUAGACGAGAAAUUAUUGAUUUUAAAGAAAAAGAAACUCACUGCAAAAACUAUUGUUGAACAACAACGAACUGAAAUACGUCUACUGAAAUCUUCAAUGACAAUAAACGAACGAUUAGAAGAAAUUUAUAAACGAUUUGACAACAAGACAAAUCUCGAUAUAAAUCUUUAUAAUCGAGUCGUUCAAAAGUCAAAUGAAACUUUUGUAACUCAAAAUCAACUUCAUCGAACCAUUGAUGAUUUAUCCAAUUUAAUCGAACGAAUUUUGCACAUUCUUGCACUACCCAAUGGAAUACAUUUGAAAAAUGAACAAUCAGAUCUUACUUUAAGGAAACAGAAGGAAUGUUUUCAGUUGAUUAAAUGGAAAUUAUCAGAUAUCUAUGCAAAUCGUAUUGCUGACGAAGUUUCUUGUAUUACAAAUAAACGUCAUCGUUUGUCAUUCGAAGAUUUUCAAUUACCAUCCGGUUUACUUUUAGGCUUGUAUGCCAUGGGUUUUCAGAAUGGACCGUCAGAUAUACAAGAAUUGAUCUUACCUUAUUCAUUCGUUAAAGAAUCCCGAAGAAACAUCAUUGUUCAGUCGAAAACUGGAACAGGCAAAACGAUUUCCUAUAUUAUACACGCUCUUGCAUGUAUUCAAUCAUCUCCUUCUCUUCCACAAGUAUUGAUCAUUGUUCCGACUACUGAACUUGCCUUUACCGUCGGUGCUGGUAUUGAAAAAAUGUCUGCUUAUCUGUCAAAUAUUCAAGUAACCUAUGUGACUUCCUCAUCCGUAUCAUUAGAGUUGAUUCAUACACCUAUUGUUAUCGGUACAAUCGAUGUAUUUGAUUCAUUUCGUACGCUGAUUGAUUUCAAUCAACUGAGUAUUCUCAUCGUUGAUGAAAUUGAUACGAUUAUUAUUCGAGAAGAUUACCGGCAGAACCUUUUGAAUUUGCUUGAUAACGUUUCCACCAAUGAACACUGUCAAAUACUUGCCUAUUCAUCAACCUCAUCCGAGCAAAUCAUGAAUUUUACUAGUGAAUUAGUACCAAAUGCGAUCAUAAUCAAGCAGAAAUCCAGUGAGCAACAACUGAAUAAUAUUGAACAAUUUUACGUGAUGUGUCCAGAUGAAUAUCGAAAGAUUGAACUUGUACGCAUUAUUUUAAAUCAAUUUAGCAAUACACAAAUUAUGAUCUUCUGUUCGGAUGAUCAUACGACCGAAGAGGUUUAUCAGAACAUUCUCAACGAUCGAAAACAUGAUGUUCGAAUGUUAACAACAAAAUUCACUAAUCAUCAGCGCAUGUCAUUAAUUGAAGAGUUUCGCUCACAUAUCUACCGAAUAUUCAUUCUCUCCGCUCAAACAUCUGCGACAGCACAUGGCAUUGACUUAGACAAUGUCAAUGUUAUUAUCAAUUAUAAUCUACCUUGUUCACUCGGCGAGAAUUCCGAUCUCGAUUAUGUAACUUAUCAUCAACGACUUGAUCGUUGUGGACGUUAUGAUAAGCAUGGUUAUGCCUUCAAUUUGAUUCAGUCAUUGACUGAUUGGAAUAUUCAAAUCGGCCAAGAAAGUUACUUUUCAUUUGACAUUAAACCGAUUGAUAGUGAGGGUAUUCGCUCACUUGUUUUAUGA